UUCCGGGAUAUGGUACUGCUUCCGGGGUAGCUCGUUGAGAGCCGGGAUUGCGGUGCUCGGCUUUCUCUAGUCGUGUAGAACUAUGCUUUCACCAGCAAUGAGCUUCCUCAAAAGCUUCCCGCCUCCUGGGUCGACAGACGGGCUCCGUCUGCAGCAGCCGGACACCGAGGCUGUGCUGAACGGGAAGGGGCUUGGCACCGGCACCCUUUACAUUGCGGAGAGCCGCCUGUCUUGGUUAGAUGGUUCUGGAUUAGGAUUCUCACUGGAAUACCCCACCAUUAGUUUACAUGCAAUUUCCAGGGACCCAAAUGCUUAUCCUCGAGAACAUUUGUAUGUUAUGGUGAAUGCCAGAUACGGAGAAGAAUCAAAAGAAGCUCUCUCUGAUGAAGAUGAGGAAGACAGUGGUGAUGAUAUUGAACCCAUUACUGAGUUUAGAUUUGUGCCCAGUGAUAAGUCAGCAUUGGAGGCGAUGUUCAGUGCUAUGUGUGAGUGCCAGGCCUUGCAUCCAGACCCUGAGGAUGACGACUCGGAUGACUAUGAUGGAGAAGAAUACGAUGUGGAAGCCCAUGAACAGGGACAGGGGGACAUCCCUACAUUUUAUACCUAUGAAGAAGGACUGUCGCAUUUAACCGCAGAAGGGCAAGCCACAUUGGAGCGAUUAGAAGGAAUGCUUUCGCAGUCCGUGAGCAGCCAGUAUAACAUGGCAGGAGUCCGAACAGAAGAUUCAGUAAGAGAUUAUGAAGAUGGCAUGGAGGUGGACACCACACCAACUGUUGCUGGGCAGUUUGAGGAUGCAGAUGUUGAUCACUGAAGAUGAUUUAUGCUGCUGUACAAUUCUGCUCAGAACUGUAGGCAAGAGCUCCAGAGUGUGGCUGGUGAAAGGCUUUUUCCUUCUCCAAAACUCAUUUCUCAAGACAAACUAUAAUGAAAAAGCAAGCUUUCACCAGCAGAGGAGACUGUGACCUUUAUUAACAAAGGUGAAUUAACUGAGCAGAUAUUUGUAGUUUCUUAUUUGC